AUGAUAGACUGGUUCCUAAGCAAAGGGGCGGAUAUCACCGAUUGCUGGCCGGAGUCAAAGAUCACCGCGUCACAUUUCAUCAGCACAGAAGUGGCCCACUUGCUCAACACUGAAUCAGCGAUUAUAGAAGAUCUCUACGAUCGUGCGCCUCCACCGCGAUACACCCCAGACAGGUUGCGCCGCGUCCAAGAAGAAGACGCCUAUCUCGUACGUCUGCUAGAAGACUUGGUACCUCUCUUUGACGCACGGUACGACUCGCAUGACGGAGAUCUAUUAUCUUUUAUCGACGACGUACUAGUACCGGAAAUGAACAUCUUGUUGGAUCAAAUGAAGCAAGAGGACGAGACUGCACAUGCUGCAGGUAGACGAGCAAUGGGUGUCAUCAUGGUUGAUGAAGGCGAGCACGGUUUGAUCGAAGAAAACGAAAGCGAAUCGCUUGAUGAGGUCGAGAGCGAUGCUGUGGACGAGUAA